AUGUUCCAGGAUUCUUCAGACCAGAGAGACAUGGCCAAACAACCGGCCCCCGGCUACAUCCCGGCGCAGCAGCCCGACGGAGCUGCGGGACUUACAACAAACAAACCGGACAACACUGCUGCGUGCGCGCCGCCCUCCCCGCACCAUCACCCGGCGCCUCAGCCUCCGAGCAACGAGAACAAAACUUUUUGUCCCACGGAAAAUAAACCGGGAGACGCGGACAGCAAUAAAGCGUAUGGGACGUUUAAAAACACCCCGCCGGCCGUGCCCGGAUCCGUGGCCGUCAACUCGGCCUUCAGGGAGGAUUCCGCCGGUUCGGCCCGCGGGGGGUCCGCCCAGUGCGGCGACCCGCUGCGGGCCACCGCGGAGCAGAACAACACCGUGGGCAACUGGACGGCUAUGAGCCAGACCACCAUCAUCCUGGGGACAGAUGGGAACACGUCUGUUCAGCCCGGCGCCGUGGCGGGGGCUGAUGCUGUCGAUGGUGAAGAGGAGGAUGAUGAAGGUGGAGAUGAGAAUAAGGCCAGAGGAAACUGGACCAAUAAAAUGGAUUUUAUUCUGUCCAUGGUUGGGUAUGCGGUGGGACUGGGGAACGUGUGGAGGUUCCCUUACCUUGCCUUUCAAAACGGUGGAGGAGCCUUUCUCAUCCCCUACCUGACAAUGUUGGGCAUCGCCGGGAUCCCAAUCUUUCUACUGGAGGUGUCCCUGGGCCAGUUUGCCAGCCAGGGCCCCGUGUCCGUGUGGAAGUGCGUCCCGGCCCUACAAGGUUGCGGGAUUGCCAUGUUGAUAAUAUCUGUCUUGAUAGCCAUAUACUAUAAUAUUAUAAUGUGCUGGACACUGUACUACCUGUUCGCUUCGUUGAAGGGCUCACUGCCAUGGGCUCACUGUAGGAAUGAGUGGAACACGGUGGAUUGUAAGGACAAAGACAUGCUACUGUUAGACUCGUGCAUCCUGCGGGACAGAAACAUCUCGUCCAUCAAGAACUCCUCCUUCUGUCUGUCCGCAAACACUGUGGGAAACCUGACCAAGCUGCUAAACAUGACAGUGGACGGCAACAAGACCGAUGUCAGCCCCAGUGAGGAGUACUUCAAGUACAAUGUGUUGCACAUCUCUAAAGGGAUUGAAUUCCCAGGAGACAUUCGCUGGCCUCUGGCAGGAUGUCUCUGCCUGGCCUGGCUCAUCGUCUACGCCUCUUUAGCCAAAGGAAUCAAGUCAUCGGGGAAGGUGGUUUAUUUCACCGCCACGUUUCCCUACGUGGUGCUGGUCAUCCUGCUCAUCAGAGGAGUGACCCUCCCCGGUGCGGGCGACGGCAUCCUCUACUUCAUCACCCCCAAGUGGGAGAAACUGAUGGAUGCCAAGGUGUGGAAGGACGCCGCCACUCAGAUCUUCUUCUCCCUGUCGGCCGCCUGGGGAGGCCUCAUCACUCUCUCCUCCUACAACAAGUUCCACAACAACUGCUACAGGGACACCAUCAUUGUGACGUGCACGAACAGUGCCACCAGUAUAUUUGCCGGGUUUGUCAUCUUCUCGGUCAUUGGUUUCAUGGCGCAUGAGUUGAAGGUGCCGAUAGAGAAGGUGGCGGAUGAAGGUCCAGGCAUAGCGUUCGUGGUGUAUCCAGAGGCUCUGACCAGACUUCCCCUGUCUCCGUUUUGGGCGAUCAUCUUCUUCCUCAUGCUGCUGACUCUUGGCCUGGAUACCAUGUUUGCCACCAUCGAGACCAUCGUCACCUCCGUGUCGGACGAGUUCCCCAAAACCCUGAGGAAAAACAAACCGCUGUUCACCCUGAUCUGCUGCGCCUGCUUCUUCGUCCUGGGAUUCCCGAUGAUCACAGAGAGCGGGAUGUACAUGCUGCAGCUGGUGGACACGUUCGCAGCCUCCUACUCUCUGGUCAUCAUCGCUAUCUUCGAGCUGGUGGGGAUUUCCUACCUCUAUGGUCUGCAGAGGUUCUGCGAGGACAUUGAAAUGAUGAUUGGUUUCCAGCCAAACCGAUUCUGGAGAGUCUGCUGGGCCUUUGUGACUCCAACCAUCCUGACGGGCAUCCUGGUGCUGAGUCUGUACCAGUGGAAGGGGAUGACGUAUGAGGAAUACACCUACCCCACCUGGUCCAUGGUCAUGGGCUGGCUCAUGGUGAUCUGCUCCGUCAUCUGGAUCCCCAUCAUGUUUUUCAUCAAGAUGUACCUCGCCCCCGGCACCUUCUCCGAGCGCCUGAAGCUGGUCUGCUCCCCGCAGCCGGACUGGGGUCCGUUCCUGAUGAAGCACCGUGGAGAACGCUACAAGAACAUGACCGACCCUCUGGGAACCAACUCCCUGGGCCUCAAACUGCCCCCAAAGGACUUCCAGCUCGGCACCUACCAGUAGCAGCCGCUCCGCCGGCACCACAACCCACCACUUCCAACUUCUCCUCCUCCUCCUCCUCCUCCUCCCUCUUCCUCUCUCUCUCUUUUCCCCAUCCGUACAUCACCCUCUGCUUCCUGUCCUCCUCCCUCAGACGUGGCAGUGGAGACAGGCUCCUUUUUCCUCCUCUUCCUCUUCUCCUUCGUCACUGCCUCUCUUGGUUCAGAGAGGAGUGGCUGCCCAGGUGGAGUCUGCUCCUCCGCUGCUGCUUCCUACUCGAUUAAUGGGCGAUCAUUGCCUCCCACACAUGACCACUGAUUACUCCAGAGCCCGUCCCAGGGAUCUUUAUUCCAAGAGAAAAAUUGUGUCAUAAAACGGCACAGCUCAGACUGCACUUGCAAUAUUAGACUCACCAUAGCUGCUCCCUAUGGAGGUGUGUGUGUGUGUGUGUGUGUGUGUGCGUGUGUGUGUGUGCGUGUGUGUCUGUGUGUGUGAUCGCCAUCACAUUUGUGUGUAGAGAUAAUGAAUCAUCUCGCUGAAAGCAGACGCAGGAAAAGCAAAAAGAGAAUUGAGGGAGAGAGAAGCGGUUGAACGAGCUUGGCGUGGGAUCUGUAUUUUCUUCCAUCUGUGUACAAAGUUCCAUCACCAAUACAAAUAAUAUCAACUGCCUUGGAAAUAUAAAAAAACAAAAACAAAAACAAAACAAAAAUAAAAAACCCAGCGUGCACUGUUAUCACAUUUUGUUAGCUUCCUGCGGCACCAAGGCUACAGAUGUGUUCACGCUCGCUGCUGCUCAGUCGCUCUCGGUUUGUCAGAAAAAAAUUACAACAUCUGCAAUCUGUGCCUCCUCCUGUGUCGCGGCUCGGGUCUAUUUUUCCUCCCCGAAACCCGAGGGGAACCAUUUUGCGACACCCCCCCCUCUCUUUCUCUACUUAGUGACUCCUGCUGUAUUAUCCUCGAAUAUAACGUUCCCUGACUAAAUGUAGAAUAGCUUUCCUUUAGUAGAUGAGUGUGGCCCUUUAACCUCUUCAGUUAUAUACGUAAACAUUCAUAUAUAUAAUAUAUAUAUACACAGAAUAUAUGAUAACAUAUGUAUUGCUUCCAGCAGAGGAGAGAGCUAGCAAGAUAGAUACUGAGAGAGUGUGUGUGUGUGUGUGUGUGUGUGUGCUUAACGUCUCUCUAACCCCCACGUUUCUCCUGCUCGCUGUGUUAAUAUCUUGUGCACCUCUCAGAUACAAGCUCUCCUCAAGUAGUCAGUGUGUGCGUGUUGUUGCCUUCUCGCGAUAUUCGGAGCAGCUGCGUGUGCGUGCGAGUAGACGACGAUUAGACUUAGAGAACGGCCGGCUCCUUCCCUGGAAGUGUACUUCGUCUCUUGUUGUUUGUGGUAGAGCUGCGGAGACCUCUCGUUGCCAUUUCAGACUCUUUGCCUCUCGCUUCUCUGUGUGUCCUCGUGAGAAAAAAAGAAACAAAAAAAUAAUAAAACAGGGUCUCAGGUAUAUUUGAUUCCAGUCCGACUACUCCUCCGGUAGUUGCAGGAAUAAUAAAGCAUUCAGUGCAUAGGAAACAGAGAGUAUAGAGCCAUCCUCACCCUAUAACGUGUAAGGGGGAGUAGUGUGGUUUUAAGAAGAUCAGAAUCAAAGCGCUGCUUCCUGAUCACCUCAGUGCGGCGUCACCUCGCUGUUUGCUUGCUGUUGCUUCAAUGCACCUUGUAGUUAUCACACAGGACGGACGAGUGACAGACUGUGUGCAGCGCUAAGUCGCAUAUCUUGCUUUUAAAUAUGUUUAUUACAUUAUUAGAACCAAAACUAAAAAAUCUAAAUCAGAAUGCCUGGAAAUUUAAAGGUUUAAUUGCAUAUAUGCAGAAAUUUAAAGGCUUUUUCAUCAAAUCUUCCGGUCGCCUUGCAGACAUGUGAUCCUACGUUGGUUCAGGCCGCUCUUUGUAGGGGUCACCACGGUGGAUCCACAUCUGGACGCCCCCCCUGACAUGACCAUCGUCUCUAUCGAACUGGUUUGUGCUGGGUUCUCAGAGCCGGGGAGAUCGAUAGAACACAUUUCCCUUUAAGUCGUGCUGUUGAGUCAAAUAACUCUACGAGUGUGUGUCAGGCAACGUCCAGAUGUGACACCACAGGAGCCUGGAGGAACUCAACCCUGAAGCAGCUCGGCCGAGGGUCCGACCGGCACACGCCACAUGUCGGGCGUCCAGCUUUCACUUUGUGGGCGAAGCUUCGACCAGUCGGAGACGCAUCUUCAUGUUGACUAAAAGCUCCGAUUGGCUUCAAUAUGCUUUUAACACUGCAGGUUUUUAAUUGUUGAGCGUUUUAAUGGCGGCUGCAGGUCUGGAUGCAAUAACAUUUGAGUUUAAGGGUCUCUAAGCCAUGUCCUUUCAUAAUCUAGACAUGAGUCGUAGCACGGAUGUGAUUUUAGACGUCGUAGCGUUCGGAAAGAAAACAUUAAUCAAUUAAUGAGCACAAAUGCCCUGUUAUUAAAUAUCCUGCUUGCUCCACAGUGUCGCUUUUGUUAAGUCUUUAGCGCAUUUAGCUCUAUUCGCUCGAAUAUGAUAAUACUGUAUGUCUGCGCGUGCUUGUGUGUGUGCGUGUGUGUGUGUGUGUGUGUGUGUGCGCGCGUGUCGUCUCUGUCUUAGUUUUACUGAACUCCACGUGUUCUGUCAGUCGGAUGUUUGCAUGGCCAGUCCCGGAGUAGAUUGUGUGAAAGAAGCAGAGGAGAUUUACAGGAGUUUUUCUUUUUUUCUCCAGGACGCCUCGGCCCCCGAUGCUCCUCUCUGUGUUUUCACGUGGACACGAGGACCUUUGUCCACCGCUCGUGAGCUCGAGCCCGGUGAAACACAACUUUUAACACUGGCGAGCUCCGAAAAAGAUUCAAAUCCCUCGUGGGACGCUGUGGAACCUCAACUCUUUGUAGUGAGACUUGAAUGAUAAAAUCCUUUGACACCCUGAGUUUAAAUCUAACUAUUUCCUUUAGGGAUUAUUUCCAUUUCUACUGGGCUUCUCUGCUUUUGCUUUGAGGGGGAGAAAAAAAGAAUUAGGGUUCAGUUAAAACCACACUGCUUCAUAGAAUAUAACACUGACAAGCUUGCAUGUGCAGUUUGUGUUGCCGUAACUCAAUGUCCAUGUAUAGUAAUCCUUGUCCUUUCUCUCUCGACAGUAUAAGUCCGUGCAUGUUUGCUUUAGGGAGCUUUUCGUUCGUCAUAAAGUUAAGAAAACCCGAGCGUCGCUGUCGUCCUCCUCCUCAUCACAGGAAAAGGAGGAAAAAAAAUAAAUAAAGAAGUAACUGUUCAAUUCGCUUUGCCUGCAAGUCAACUUUGGGCAGUAUAGGUAACCAAAGAGAGACUACUUUAAAACUAGGGGGUUUUAGUGAAAACAGAAAAAAAAAACUUUACAAGAAAAAAGGAAUGUGUGAUCUUCGUCUAGGAGGUUGAGAUACUGCCAUCCAUGUCCCACGUAGUGUUCCUCGAUGUUUCGCCAAUACGUUACAAAACAUCUUCAGGUGACCAUUGGCCUUAUAGAUGUCCUCUGAUGGUAGAAUAUUGUAUGUAUGUCAAGAAUAACACCACAGAAUAGCUAAUCGUCUGUCUCAUAUAGUACCAGUAUUCCUAUUGUUCUGUCUGUUGUGUCUUUUUUGGCACUUUACUGUGUGACCUAUGAAUGCAUAGGUUAAAUUUCUAAUUACUUGAGUAAUGUCAUAUAUUUCUGUGUGUUCUAUGUGAGGUACUGCUGCCUAUGGAUAUAGAUAUGUGCCUCUGACCGCCCAUGCCAUCCUUUGAUUUGGAAAUAGAGAGUAGAUACUGUAUAUAACAAAUAUGUUUUAAAAAUACGUGUGAGAUUGAAAAAAAAAAACCAAGAUAUAUAUAUCAUAUAUGUGAAAUGCAUUUAUUUUCAAUGUCAUCAAUCUUUG